AUGCGAGUUAAGGCUCAAAUGAAUGUGUUAUCUAAACUCCUGGACGAGGCUGUCAAACGAGGGGUUUUCAAGUAUCAUCCUAGGUGCAAGAAGAUUGGCUUGGCUCAUCUUUGUUUUACCGAUGAUUUGCUUAUCUUUUCUGAAGGGAACCUUGAUUCUUUGUGUGGGAUUAAAGGUGUUCUUGAGAAGUUUUAUAAGAUGUCGGGAUUAGUUCGAUAUUUAGGCGUCCCUUUGGUCACGAGGCGUCUGUCAGAGAAGGAUUGUCAUGCUCUCUUGGAAAAAAUCCGUGACAAAUUAGAGCAUUGGGCUAACAAGCGUCUUAGUUACGCUGGUCGGCUUCAAUUAAUACGUUCGGUCUUGUUCAAUGUGACGAACUAUUGGUGUAGAAAGCUUGUCCUUCCUAAUAGUAUGAUCCAGAAAGUGGACCAGUUAUUUCAACUUUUGAGGAAGAUCUUGGGGAAUGAGGGUUUUCUUUGGGUAGCAUGGGCUCCGACGUAUGUUAUGGGAAGUGUUGAUUUUUGGAGCUUUGAAGUUCCUAGCUCUAUGAGUUGGGGGUUGAGGAGGAUUUUCGCCUUGCGUGGGGAGGUUCAUUGCUUCCUUGCAGCGACUCCUCCCUACAGUAAGAUUGAUCCUAAAGUGAUGUGGGAGGAGCUUCGGCCUAAAAGGGAUUGUGUGCCUUGGCAAAAUUUGAUUUGGUUCUCCUUGCAUGUGCCGAGACAUGUAAUCAUAGCUUGGCUUGCUGUUUUGGGAGGCAUCCUUGCCCCGUUGGUUCGUAGGAAGAGGAGAUUGUUUGGGCUGUUGCUCGCCUCAAGUUCUCAUUUUUCAUUCCCUCUUCGUUUUUAUGCUCUCCCAACUCUAUCUGAACUACUAAGAACCGACAAGCCUCAAGCCACCGCUCAUCCACCGGGCAGUCAUCAGCCGCUGUUUAGGGAUGUCGUCUGUACUCCAAGUUUUCCGACUUCUUUGUCUCGGUCCCCUGGUUUCGAUUCCGGAGAUAGUUUCGCCUGA